CUUCAAGUGGGAAUUGAAGCUAACAUAUAAAGUUGUUCUCUUGCUGUAAUAACAAACAGAGAGAAAUCAAAAUCACCCAACCUCUCAAACUGAAGUAGUAAUGGUAGGAGGAGAUCGAGGGCGAGGGCGAGGAAGAAGGAGAAGUAGAGAAUGUGAAUAUGGAGAAGCUGCAGAAGGGAAGUUCCAAAAUUAUUAUCAUCAUCAAUCUCAGGACUAUCCGUUUUCUCCUGCAUUUUCUUUAAGAGGAGCAGUCCUCACUUCGCCUCGUUAUCCCAGCAAACCUUUGGGAAGCCGUACAAUGAAGACUCCGGGCCACUCUUCCACCUUGACACCAAAAUUAAUCAUAACUAUCGAUGAUGAUGAAGAUGACGACAAGCCAAAGCUGCACCAUCAUGGCAAAGAGAAGGAAAUGGACGAACCUAGCGUGGAACUCAUCUCAGAUAUCCGAGGACCUCAACAGAUGGGAUCAUCAUCUUCCAAUCAUGUCUAUGAUUACAUACACGGGUACAGGGUGAAGACAGAAUUCGUCCCUCUGCUCAGAGCCAUCUUCGACAAAUAUGGCAACAUCACUAGUGGUGCAGAUGUCAAUUCUCCGGACUUUGUCUCCACCUGCAUGGAACGAAUCUGCCAGAUCUACCAGAGGCUAGAGCAGGCCAAGUUCGUUGAUCUUAUGCCUGCAGAGCUUCAAGGCAUGAUCUCUGAACUCCGCCUUUUGGAGAGACAUAAGCUGAGCGUGGGAUGGAUUCUUGAUAGGGUGGAGUAUAUAGCUCAGACAAAGAACAGUUUCAAAGAUUGCCAGCCUGAUGAGGCUAGAUCUGAUGCAUUGAUCAGGCGAUUAGAGAAGGAUUUGGAAGCGUACGAAAGAGAAGUUUUUUUUGAUGCAGCAGAAAAUCUUAUCAACCAAAGCAGAAUUGUUGAUGCACAAGGCCAAUUAUAAUCAAAGAGAAGGUGGUGUUGACAUGGGGCUAAAGUGAUUGGUCUCCAGAAACAAUCUUUGAUUCAUGG